UGGGGAGAAAACGGGAGACCGCCCCCUCCCCGCUCGGGUCCCGGCGCGAUCGAACCACAACCGAGGCGGUAGUGAACGCGUUCAGUCCGGGGCGCGGUGCAAUACUCGUAAAGAAAUUAAAAUGGAACUCAAAGGAAAGGUAGCCCUCAUCACCGGCGCGGCAGCUGGCAUCGGACUCGCUUACAGCCAGGAACUACUCAAGCAAGGAGCAAAGGUUUCGAUAUGCGAUAUCGACGCGGAGAUUGGCGAGCAAGUGGUCGACGAGCUCGGCUCCAAGUACGGCCGGAAGAAUGUGUUGUUUUGCCGGUGUGACGUCACCGACUACCCCCAGUAUGAGGAGGCAUUUGAGAUGACAAUGGAAGUGUUCAACAGACUGGACAUAGUGAUUAACAACGCGGGUGUUAUGAACGACAGAUUCUGGGAAUUGGAGGUCGAUGUUAAUUUGAACGGCGUGAUACGCGGUACUUUGCUGGCGUAUCGGUUCAUGAGUAAGGACCGUGGCGGACAAGGCGGCAUUAUUGUGAACACUGCUUCCACUUCGUUCACCAGGCCUCAGGUGUCCACUCCCAUCUACACCGCCACGAACUAUGCUAUUGUGGGGCUCACCAGGGCAUAUGGGGACCAGUACCACGUGAAUUUGACUGGAGUGCGUAGCAUGGUUAUCUGCCCGGGUCUCACCGACACUGGCCUCGUCAAGGAGAUCCGCAAGCAACUCAUGUCUUCUGAUUACGAAGCAGCUUGGCAGCGGGACAACGCUACCUGCAAAAUGCAAAGUUCGGAGCAUGUUGGCCGGGCUUUAGUGGAAGUCCUGACAAAGGCUCAGAGUGGAUCUGUGUGGAUCGUGGAAAAUGGAACACCGGCGAGGGAGUGGCGCGGCUAAACUACAUCCAACUCCCCUUAUUUUUUUACCCUACUAUAUUAUUACGCGGUACUCACGCAUUUUCCAUUGUGGUUCGAGACAAUUUUUGUAGGAAACUGCGAGUUUAUCAUUAUCUAACCCGCCUUUUGUCACGUAUUUCAAGAUAUGUGCUUCAUUAGAAAUACGCAACCUCUCAUAUUUCAAUCAUUUUUAUACCUAUUUACACUAUUUCCCACCUUUCGAACACAAUGGAAAACAAGCAUUUUACUCAGGGCGCAUUCAAUAAAUUUUGUGGUAACUAAACUCUUUGUAAUAGGGAUGUGCCCAAUAUUUUUUUUAUCUAUGUAAAGUUAUUGGGGCAUUAUAUUGUAAGCUCAAGGAAUACGAUAGACUAGUCUGUAAUACGCUUCGAAUCUACUUAUGAAUAAUUCCUAAUAGUCCUUUCAUGUAUAUUUAUUGAAUUGAAUACAUAACACGUAUUAGUGAAGAGUCGUGGUUGUGUAAAUAUUUCGUUCUCGUAGUAUAAAGCCCGCGUAAGGCAUUAUAUUUUUUAAGAAAAUACAUUUUAAAAUAAAGAAAAAUAUGUAGUCGAUAUGGCGUAUGUCGUAACAUUAUAUCGUGUACUUAACGUAAGUUGAUUAAUCAAUGUAAUGAUUACUUAUACUGUAUACAAACGAGUAUGUAUUUUAAUAAGCACAUUACCCGUUUUUAAUUCUAAGUUACAGAUGUCAAACAUUUUGUUUGUGUGAUCCCAAAGAUUAUUGACUAAGAAUGAGUAAUUGAUUUUCUUAUUUGAUGUAACUUGUUAAUUAGUUAUUAUUUGAGUGACACUGAAAAGCUAAAGCUAUUUUGCCAAGUACAUUGUACAAGCUUAAAUUUAUUUGCAAUAAAAUUGGAAAUUUGGA